UCAAGGAAGAAGAAAGAAGUAUCCGCCGAACCGUUUCUCAGAUUCAAACAAAUCACUCCUCCGUCAAGAGUUUGAAAUUAGUUUCACGCAUAGAAGAUCUACUUUGUUGCGAAAUCAUUAUUGAAUUACUUCUCGUUACUAUUUAUUUUGACAUGGUUAAUUAUUGCAUGGUACCGGGAUGUUCAGUCCGAACCAGGAAAAGACAAAAAGUAAGUUUUCAUGCCCUACCGAGAGAUGUGGAGCGAUGCAAACAGUGGCUAAGAGCGAUUAACCAUCCGAUAUAUUUACCAGACACAGCCAUGGAAGACCUAAAAAACAAGAAGGUUUGCAGUCUACAUUUCAAAAAGGAAGACUUUGAAUUAAAUGUCCUGGGAAUGAAGAGAGUCGCCCUUUUGAAUACCGCAAUUCCGUCGGUGUUUACCUUUCCAGAGGACGAGGACCAGCCUGAAGCAUCUGGCUCUAGCAGCGCUAAACGCACUCGCUUGGAGACUCAAACAGUGUCUGCUCCUGCUUUGGUGUCGUCGGAAAAUGGUGAACAAUCUCUUAUAACCUCACCACCAGUCAAGAAACUUACCCCUGUCCAAACAGCAGUGGUUUCACCAUGCCCGAGUGCCAGCAGCAUUGAAGUUUGUCCGGUCGAUGAAAGCAAUCAGCCUGAGUCAACCAACCCCCCCACAUCAUCCUCCUCAUCAUCAUCAGAAGAAGAAGAAGAAGAAGGUGGUGUACAGGACAGGCAUGAAAAGAAGAUCAUUGUUAAGAAAUCAAGCUUCGCGUCAAUAUUCAAAUUCUGCCAGACGUGCGGGAAACCAAAUACUUUCUAAGGUCGUCUUUGAUUCUGGGGCACAGGGGAAGGAGAAUUGGAUUUGUCUUGGGGGCCAUGUGGGGACUUGGACAUCUUCAGCUGAUCUUAGAGGAAUGCCGGGGGUGAAUCUCCUUUUUUGCGGCAGCUGUUCUAUUCAAGGUUGGAACAUGCAAAGAACUGUCAGAUUGGUGCAAAACCAUGGGUCUCUAAAUGAUUGGACAAACUAUAUUUUACACCAUCCAGAACAUGUAUUUGGACCCUGCUGUUGAGAACUUUUAUGAAGAAAGAGCUAGGGAUGCUCCGAUACCAUAUUUUUCACAACUGAUCCGAUACCAAAAAAUCUUGAGUAUCGACUGAUACCGAUCCGUCACCAGUGCAGUGCAGUUUUUUUUUUUAAU